ACUAGUGGAAAAGCUGAAAGGACCACAUAGCUCCUGGUGCAGCAGAGAGGUUCUCCUUCUGCAAGACUUUUGCUGRACUCCUGAGAAAUUACUUUGAAUAGCAUGGCAGAGAAGGAUUUCAUCAGUUGGCAUCUCCUGGCUUUAUUUUUUCUUCCAUUUUGCCUGUGUCAAGAUGAGUACAUGGAGGUGAGCAGAAGAUCUUAUAAACCCGUGGCCAAAGUAUUGCAAAGUCACCACCAGACUGGCCAUAAAGGUUCCAGAAGCAGGGAAAUAUUGAAACAGCGGAGUCAACUUAUAGAGUGGACUGUUGCUAAUAGCACUUCUACAGACCACAAAGUCCUGAGACCAGAGGUAGAUGAUGUAGAACUGACUACCUCAGAUAGAGUCCAGCCCCCACAGACGGGACCACAGAAUCCCGACUGCAGUACCUGCUGCCGUGGCGAUUUUGGAGUUCGCCUCUACCAAGGGCCCCCAGGACCCCCUGGCCCCCCUGGGAUGCCAGGAAACCAUGGGAACAACGGGAAUAAUGGAGCAACGGGCCAGGAGGGAGCCAAGGGUGAAAAAGGAGACAAAGGAGAUAUGGGACCGAGAGGAGAGCGUGGCCAUCACGGACCCAAAGGGGAGAAGGGCUACCCUGGGAUCCCCCCCGAGCUGCAGGUUGCAUUCAUGGCUUCCAUGGCUACCCACUUCAGCAACCAGAACAGUGGCAUCAUCUUCAGCAGUGUCGAAACCAACGUCGGGAAUUUCUUUGAUGUCAUGACCGGUCGGUUUGGAGCUCCAGUGAAUGGAGUGUACUUCUUCACCUUCAAUAUGAUGAAACAYGAGGAUGUGGAGGAGGUGUACGUGUACCUCAUGCACAACGGCAAUACCGUUUUCAGCUUAUACAGCUAUGAAUCAAAAGGCAAAGCAGACACUUCAGGAAACAGCGCAGUGUUAAAACUUGCCAAGGGAGACGAAGUCUGGCUGCGGAUGGGAAAUGGAGCCCUCCAUGGGGACCAUCAACGCUUCUCCACCUUUGCUGGGUUUCUUCUUUUUGAAACAAAGUAAGAAAAAAAAGAAAAGGAAAAAGACAGAAAGGUAAUUAUCUGAGGAAGCUUGGUGUUUUUGAGCUGGUAUUUUUCUCUGGACUAAGGAAAUAGCAGAUCAAGAAAGCUUGUUUUGAUGCUGUACGUUGCUAUUUGUGUAUCAGAGAUGAGCUGAACAGAUUGGGUAGCUGACACAAUUACAGAUUCACAGGAGAUAAAUUGUCAUCUAGGUUGCAUCUAAUGAACCAUUAAAUGUUGCUAUUGUUCUCUUCACCAAAGCAACUGAAAAACAAAGGUAAAGGGGAUGAAAAUAAUUUAGAGAGCAGUUUGUGCAGUGAAUUUUGGCUCUAAAUAUAUUUAAAUAUAUGUCAGGAAAUCAACAACGGAUUUGUGAGUUUUUGUUUGUUUUCUUGGUUUUGGUUUUUUUUACAUGUUCACGUAAGCUUGUCCCAUGCAAACAGGCCUGAAGGAGUUGUAAGUUCGGCUUGAGAACAGAUUUAGAGGAAGAAGUUUUUACUGGCCUAGAAAUAACUUUAUAAAAAGGAGAAAAAAUGUGAAAAAUAACAUGUUGAGAAUUCAGGUUUAUUUCAUUGCCAUCUCAAACCUCCGAAGGUGCAUUGGGUGUCUUUUU